CGGCUGUCCGCUUGCUGGCGGAGGUAGCGCCAUGACAGCGGCUCAGUGAGUCGGCGCGGCCUGGGUUGGGCUCGGUGCCUGGCGGCCGCCUUUCACUAUCGGUGUCUCCCGCCCUGCGGAGAUGUGAGCGCCACAGUAGCCGAAGAUUUAAUAGGAAUGCCAAAAGAAAAAUAUGAUCCAAAAGAUCUACGUAGAAUAUAUGCAAUCAUGUCAUUAGAAGAGGCAGCUAAUGGGAAGAAAUCACACUGGGCAGAAUUAGAAAUCUCUGGUAAAGUGAGGAGCUUGAGUACUUCACUGUGGUCUUUGACACACUUGACUGUACUGCAUCUGAAUGACAACAACCUUACACGCAUUCCACCUGACAUUGCCAAGCUCCAUAAUCUAGUUUACUUGGAUCUAUCGUCUAAUAAACUGCGCAGUCUACCAGCUGAAAUUGGAAAUAUGGUGUCACUCAGGGAUUUGCUUUUAAAUAACAAUCUGUUACGGGUUUUGCCUUACGAACUAGGACGACUGUUCCAGCUACAAACCCUGGGGUUAAAAGGCAAUCCUUUGUCACAGGAUAUUUUGAACCUCUAUCAAGAACCUGAUGGAACAAGAAAGCUACUGAACUAUAUGCUUGACAAUUUAGCAGUUCACCCAGAGCAGCUUCCUCAGCGACCAUGGGUCACAUUGAAGGAGAGAGACCAAGUAUUGCCAACAGCAUUGUUCACUGUCAUGUGUUAUAAUGUUCUAUGUGACAAGUAUGCCACAAGACAGCUGUACGGCUACUGCCCAUCCUGGGCUUUGAACUGGGAGUACAGGAAAAAAGGAAUCAUGGAAGAAAUCGUAAACUGUGAUGCAGACAUCCUAAGCCUUCAGGAAGUAGAAACGGAGCAAUACUUCAACCUCUUUUUGCCUGAGUUGAAGCAACGAGGCUAUGAUGGGUUCUUCUGUCCAAAAUCUCGUGCCAAAUUAAUGUCUGAACAGGAAAGGAAGCAUGUCGAUGGAUGUGCAAUAUUCUUCAAAACAGAGAAAUUUACAUUGGUGCAGAAGCACACUGUGGAAUUCAACCAAUUGGCAAUGGCGAAUUCAGAUGGCUCUGAAGCCAUGCUAAAUCGAGUCAUGACAAAAGAUAACAUUGGGGUAGCAGUACUUUUGGAAGUCCACAAGGAUCUUUUUGGAGGUGCAAAGGCACUUCAUGGAGCAGAAAAGCAGCUAAUUCUGGUGGCUAAUGCACAUAUGCACUGGGACCCUGAGUACUCUGAUGUGAAGCUCAUCCAAACCAUGAUGAUUAUUUCUGAACUCAAAGCUAUCCUCGAGAAGUCAGCUGUAUCUCUUAGGCCAAGUUGCCCUUCUGCAGACCCUAACUGCAUCCCAUUGGUGCUGUGCGCAGAUCUCAAUUCACUGCCAGAUUCGGGUGUUGUGGAAUACUUGAGCACUGGAGGUGUUGCACAGAAUCACAAAGACUUCAAGGAGUUGAGGUACAACGAGUGUUUGACAAACUUCAGCUGUAAUGGAAAGAAUGGAACUUCAGAUGGCAGAAUUACUCAUGAUUUCCAACUCAAGAGCGCCUAUGAAAACAACUUGAUGCCUUACACAAAUUACACUUUUGACUUCAAGGGUGUUAUUGACUACAUUUUCUAUUCCAAGACUCUAAUGAAAGUGCUGGGUGUUCUUGGCCCUUUGGAUCCUCAGUGGCUUGUGGAAAACUCUAUCACUGGAUGUCCACACCCUCAUAUCCCUUCUGACCACUUCUCACUGUUAAUACAGCUUGAACUUCAGCUUUCCUUGCCACCUUUGAAUGGUGUGCACUUACCCAGCAGGAGGUAGUGGAGCCCUGACCUGGAGGCACUGCCUGCUCACAUGGACAUGUACAGUUGUAAAAUCAAAGUAUGAUGGAGUGAAGUAUGGCCUGUAAAAAAAAACCUUAUUUGUUCUCUUUUUUAAAUGUGUGUUCUGUAGGUUUCUAGUGUUACUGUUUCAUAGUUGAUUUCACCGUGUUGUCACUAAGGCUGGAGCAAACAAACUUUAAAAGGUGUUUUACCCCGAUCUUUGGGGACACUGGAACUAGUAUUCUUCAUAUUCUCUGAAAGUGUUUUAUCUCACAACAUUAUGUGUUGUAUUCAUGUUUUCCUGUUGGAUUAUAUACCUAAUCUGGCAUUGAAACAGCGGCAUUACAUGCUUUGCUAGACGGUGCCAUUGAUUCUUCUUCCAAAGACCGACAGGCAAAAUACCUUGAGAUAUUUGUUCUGAGCUUUGUCCCUGCCCUAGUUGCCUUGGAUCUAUUUGUACAUCUGUUACCAAAAUUGUCUUGACUCAUUUCACAAAAUUUGAAUGAGAAUUGGAUACCUUUCCGUUUGUCAUCCUCCAUUUCCUUUCCUGUGUCAGUCAUUUAUUCUCAUUGUUCACUUGAAUUCUUUGAUACACUUAAUUCUUUGUAUGGUUUUGCUUUUGAUGACUAGUAUUCCCUCUUUAUUCUUGUCCUUCAACAAUUUAAUGGAAUCUCUUUUUGGAUCUUGAAUGGAGAGCUAAUUGAAGCCAUAGGGAAUUCUGUCCAGCUGUGAUUUGACUUAAUGUUUUUUGCAUGGUAUGUGGUUCAUACCUGUUUUCACUAAAGGUACCGUUUAUUUAUUGUUUUGGGAAGAGAAGCAAAUUUCAGAUUUUCCAAAUUGAUUACUGAAAAUGUAUUGCAUCUGAAGGAAAUGUCUUUUGUGGAAUUUUAAAGUAAUCCAAGAUUUUUGAAGAAGAAAAUUGCUGCAUGGAUAAUUUUUCACCCCAAUUGAAUUGUCAGUCAGCUCCUUCCAAGUGGGCAAGGUGGUCAUGGGUAUAACUCAAUGCUAUGCAUUAUCAGCCAGCAGGGGAUACAAUUCAGUAGUGAUUGGUCAAGACUGCAAGUUUUUGUUGAUACAAUGAAAUAAACCAUAGAGCAAGUGGUAAUUGAGGUGCAUCAGAAAUAAGUUGGUUAUGACAUCAAGUACAGCACCUUAAAAUUACUGUGUAGUAAAUGAGCACCAUGUAAUGGUCGUUAAUUUUCAAGUUGUUUAUUCCAACAACGUAUUGCACUUUAUAAAGAAAUGGUAAAUAUGACAUCUGUCUAAUGCUUCCCCCAGCCACUUCAGAAAAACAAACUACUGCAUUUCAAACCAAUGUGCAGGGUUAUUUGAAUCAAAAGAACAACACAACUUCUGAUAUGUAAAGUCUGUUUUAGUUUAAUACACAAUGCUAGUGUUACAUUGAAUAAAGUUUACAAGUGGCCAAGGCCUAUUUAUGGUAUUUGCCAAUAACCACCUCUGAUAUCUUUGACUGGAUUUUUGGCCUUUAAGAUUAUCUGAAGUUUUAAGUCAGCACUUUAAUUCUAAGGCCUACAUUUUUGAAAGGAUGCCAUCUUUUUAAGGACAUGAAUUACGGAGCAAGAUAAAGUUGAUGACAGUGGGAGAUCAGGAGGACCAAGUAAAUUCUGAAACCUUUUUAGAUUUUUUUUUUGUUGAGAGAAUUUGAACAUUUUAGACCCUUUUAUAUAUCCUAGUCCUUGUGCAUAAAAUUGUUAUGGUCUUGCUUCUUGAAACAUAAUAACUUUGCUUCAUUCAUGCAUUUAUUUUAAUAACUACAAGCAAUAUUAUCUUCCCAUACUUCACUCCCAAUAUUUUGUCAGAUCUGUAUGUAUAGAAUGGAAUUUAAAUUUCAUCUGUAAUGAUUGUAUAUGAACUUCAGAGGAGCCCAUUUACUGAAUAUUUGUUUUCUUUUUUAUAAGUGAAGAGGAAAACAGUUUUUGGGAAAGCUUAAAUGUUAAUAGCUGCAAACUUUGUCUGCUUUCAAUAUAAAAGAAUUGAGACACUCUGUUGCAAGAGGGUGUUCCUCAGGUUUUCUUUGCUUCUGUAUGUAUUUUUCCAAAAUUCUGAUAACUGUGUACUUUAAAUUAAAAUAUAUAAUUGAGAGAAAUGACAUUUAAAGAAAAAAGUGAAAUGGAGACUGGAGCAAAUUUGGCAUAUGUGUUUAUCAUAGUUGUUCAGGCAAAAAAAAAUAAAGAAAGCACAGUCUGAUUCAUGUAUGUUUCUGUUGUUUAUGUCAAUCGUUUCAUAAAAAUGUGCCUCAUUCGAUUUGCUCAAGCAGCAACACUGCCCAAGCAAGCAGAGAAAACCUGACAGGCCUUCUCCAGGCAACUUUUAAAGUUCUGUACAAUAAAUCUAUUAAGAUUUGUGAAAUUUUAUGUAAAAAAAAACAAGCAGAAAAACAACUUAAAAACAAUUUUGUACAAGCUCUGUAAUGUGUUUAUCUUUGGUGUAAGGAGUGUGAGACAUUGGAAACUGCACCAUAAGUCAGGUAUGGCACAAUGAGUUCUGAGACCAGCUUUUUUCCCCAUCCCAUUCCUUGCACAGCUUGUCUUUUUUUUGCCUUUGUGUAAAGCAGGGGACCUACUCUCAGUGACAAAGGCUGCAUAUGCAUAAAGCUCUUCAUUACUUUUUAGUUAUUGUGUAUUUGAUGUGGGAAAGCUUCCCUUUCCUUGUUCAGUAAUAAUUUCUCUUAUCAAAAGUGCUUACUAACUUCAAUGGUUUGAAAAGCUACUGAAUUCCAGUCUUUCAGGGUUUCAUAUCACUCAGCACUUAUUUUAGCUAAUGUCAUUUAAAGAGCAGUACGGGUUUCAUGACUUAAUUCAGUUACAAAAGGUAGAUUUUUGAGGUAGUAGUUGUAUGAUUUUAGGAAUUGUUUAAGGCAGAGCUUGAUAUUACACUGCAGAAAAACAAAAAUGUGGUUAAUUGAAAUCGUAUACCAAAAGUAAACCACUUAAUUAGCUCUUAAUUCACAAGUGCUUUUAAUGUUACAUUAAAGCAGGAUUCUUAAAUUGAGUUAAUUAAAAAAUGCAUUUUCCACAUCAGUUCUUUGGGGGCUAUUUCUAAGUACCUCUUUUUAAAUUAGAUCGGACUCCAAGAACUGAAAAAGAUUAUUGCACUUUUGUUAAUUUGAUUGAGAUAAAAAUCAAUUUAUUUUCACAUACUUCUGCCUUGAUAAUUCAUAAAUGAAUCAUUAAAAACUUGGUUUUUCUUUCCCACCCCACCCUUAUGUCAUUAGGGAAGAGAUCGAGUUCUGAAAAUGUCAGAAUAAAUGGGUUCAGAUUUUUACAUCUUGUACCUCAGCUGUUUAAGCCACUACUAUAAGAUUUGUUUAAGUAUAAGCAUAUCUUGGAAGACAAAAUAAAUCUCAAUGUACUGCGCUGUAAACAACUAAAAGAUGCCCAUUAAGGCUUUAUUGUAUUUGUUUUCUUCAGUUGAACGCUGAAAAGUGUAACUUCAAGGCCACCUAUACAUACAAUUUUAGAAGAAAUAAUUUGGACAGAAAUUGUAGUUACGAUUUUAAAAAAAAUCUUUAUGGAUUUUGCAAAGUGGCCAGUGGAAUUUUAGAUUGAGCUGUAGUUAAAUUGCUGCAUAACUUGGAUAUUGUGCAUGUUUUUAGAUGUUCGAUUGUUAAUUUGCAAUACCAAAAAAAAUGAGUGAUAUGACUCUUUGAGACUGUGGUGCUUCUGUUUGCAAAACUUUGCCUGUAUCGUAUUAAAAGAUUAUAGUUUGUAAAUGUGGUAGCGGUGAUUUAGUUUUUUAAACAUUGAUCAAACGUUCAGCAUUUGGCCACCUUUAUUUUUUUAACAUUUUUUUUAAAGAAAAAAAAAUUGCUAUUAAAAAUUAUCAUGGUGGUUAAUAGGAAAUGAAAGUGGAUUGUGCUGGGUCACCAGAGUCUGUAGUGAACCAUUGGUCACUGGUUAGUAUUUAUUCUCCUGAACCAUGAGCAGUCAGAUAUUGCUCCCUCCCCUCUUCACAAAAAUUGUUUGUGUGUUUCUUUCCAAAGUCAAUGGAUUAAAAUGCUGUAGUUUUGUAAGAGUAAAUUGGCUCUUACUGAUGUAUUAGAUGGUAAUUUACUUCGAUUGAGUACAUUAUAGGAAGUUCUUGGAUUUUCACCAGCUAAAUUUUUUUUAACUUUUUUAAAAAAAAGUGAUAAUAGUCUAAGUGAAAACCUUUAAUUUGCAAAGUCUCUUAAAUAUGUUGCAUUAUCUGAUCUGCUCUUGACCACAGUUGUUUAACUGUAAUUUGAAAUAUACGAACCAAGCCAGUAACUGUCCACGCAGUCUAUCUUUAAACUUUUGGCAGCUCAGAUGGGAGUGUUUCACUUGUGCUACUAGAAUAAAGAUUUAAAGAAAGGUAUUAUUUCCAUAUGGAGGUCGGGUAUGCUCUCAAUGUACGAGGCUAAAUUAUGUCUGCUUGUUCCCUUGCACCUGUGUAUUUUCUUUCCUUUGACUGUAGGCAAUAAACAACCAUUUGAAAAUA